ACGCGGAAGUAACGCCGUAGCGGCGAGGCCGCGGGCGGAGGAAUCUGGGGGGAGAUGUCAGACAGCGCACGCCUCUGAGCGCACAGGAAGGUGGUGCACCCCCGAGGCUCCUUCCUUUCUACUGAAGGCCUGUCGAGGUUUCCAGCUCCAAAAUAAACCCUGGGAACUGAGGAUUACUCAGCAGAGAAACUGCUUAGAACGAAGGGUUCCAAGUCUGAAGAAAACAUACGCUGUCCCUGGCUGUCCACCUUUCUGUCUGCCUGCCGGUCUCAGGGUCUGGGACACUGACCUUCACUGUGCAGCUCGAGAACUGAGGAUUCCACUGUGUCUGGGCCUGUUCAACUAAGUGAACUCCUGGUGCUGCGACACCCAGGGAGACUGAGGAGUGGGUGGUCAGGGCACUGGAGCAAGAGCCCCCUGGGGCCUCCGACAGAGGUGAAGCUGGAACCUUCAGCGAACAUGAGUGAAUUUUGGCACAAACUGGGCUGCUGCGUAGUAGAGAAGCCCCAGCCGAAGAAGAAGAGGAGACGGAUUGACCGGACCAUGAUUGGGGAACCAAUGAAUUUUGUCCACCUGACUCAUAUUGGCUCUGGGGAGAUGGGGGCCGGAGAUGGACUUGCUAUGACAGGCGCAGUUCAGGAGCAGAUGCGGUCCAAGGGAAACCGAGACAGGCCAUGGAGCAAUUCUAGGGGCUUGUAGCUCCAAUAGGAAUGGUCUGCCAUCUCGAAGUCCCCCAUCUGUGUCCAGCCCAGAAGAGAUGCUGUCCCUCCCACAUCCCACCUAGAACCAGUGAUCCAAGGGCCCCUCUUUCCCCUCUCUGGCUUGGGGGCUGGACUCCCUCUACUCCCUCUGGCUACAGCCCCUCCUGGAGAUGGGGUCAAGGCAGCAGGACUGACCACGUGACUACUGGUUGGCCAGAGACGCUCAGCUGAAGCCCUGGACACCCUCGGAUCUGAGAUAGGAGUUCUCUGGGAAUCUGGAAUGAGUUCCCUCCUCCUGAAUGAUGGUCUGGGUUCUACCUGUUUUUAAACUCUUACCCUGGAACUCCUUAAAUGGGGUAGGCAGGUGAGAGACUGUCAGAGCUGAAGCCAGCUUUGCUGAGAAUCUCCCUGCCUCCCUGCCCAGUUGACCCUCUUUCUUCCUGCUGUGAACUAAAGCAGACCAGCAAGGGCUGGAGGGUGAACACUGCCUAAUCUACUCUUUCUCUUUCGGUUUCAGACCUUAAGCUCACAGCCCCUCAAUCUCUCUCUGCCAGUACCAGGGUCUUUGGUUAGGCCUCCAAUAAUGUUUUUGUAGCAUUACUAGUUCCUUAGCAACUUUUUUUAAAAGGAAAAUUAAUUAAAAAUUUGCAUCUUAAGUAUUCCCAUCCUGCUACUACCUCUGCUGUUAACGCCAUUCCUGUUAGGAGCCAUACUUCCCAUUGAAUGAGAGUUACGGUAAGAGGUGGAUCUUGAUGACAUUCCAUUUAAGUCUUAGGGAACCUGGCGUGCCCUCUGCCGACCUUCCCACUGGCCCAGGUGAGAGGAGGAAGAACAGUCUGGAGAGAAACCCAGAAUGCAGCAAAAACCAGGGUGUUAUAUCUCAAAGUGGGCUUCCUGAUCGAAGAGGUUAGAGGGGUGAUGAGAUGAAUAGGUGGAAAACAAUCAUCUUUGAGUUGGGUCUGGAGAUGCUCGUAGCGUGGGAGUAGAUAGAGGCUGUCGACACUGGACAUGUAGGGCUAGUUGAGUGUAAUGGAGGAUCAUUCAGUGCAUUGCAUUACAGGCUGUUUAGCAGUAUUCCUCACCCACCCUAGUAUGACAACCCAAAACGCCUCCAGACCUUGCCAAAUGUCUCCUAGGGGCAACAUUGUCCCUAGUUGGGAACCACAGCUCUGAAGUGUGCUCCACCCUCCACCCUAGCUCAUGCCGAUGUUCAUCCGUAGCCAGAGCCCUGGAUGAACUUGGCCCCCUUUGAAGAGGGCUCGCAGGGCUGUGCGUAACCUCAGACCCUUCUGCACUCAGCGUGGUGCUUAUGUGGGUUCGUGCCUCUGUGAUGGCAUAUAUUGCGCUGCCCCGUUCUUGCUCUCUGAGCCACUGCAGAGGCAGGAACGGUAUGGUGGGUAGGGGAAGAAAAGCAGUAGAGACACCCCAGUUUAGCCUCCCCAAAUUCUAAGCUGUAUUUCUGUGCCCUAGUCCUAUAACCAGACACAAAUAAGACUCAGGGAGUUUCGUCUGAAGACCAGGUCCCACUCCCCACCUGGUGAGGAGUCUACAGUGUAGGAGCAGGGGCUUAGGCACUUUGUUUUCUCAGGUGUUUCUUGUCGCCUUUUCCUUGCAGGGUCGUUAGGAAGGCAGGACAAGACAGAUGAGCUCCUGCCUGCUGAGACGAGAAGGCUGGGGUCUCACUUUUGCUCUACAACAGAAAGCAUCCUCUUUAUGGUAGUGGGGGCCAGGAACAUGGGAGCUGGUAUCCACUCUGCCGAUUGCACCAUCCACCCAGGGCGCCCCCACUUACACUGUAGUGGUUCUGAUUUCCUCACCUUCUUGUGUAUUUCCUGCAGUCUUUCAGGGUCUAAGCUCAGUCAUAGAGAUCCAUUCCCAGUUUACUCUCAGUUCUAGUCAAGCUAAUUGCUCUGAAAGUAGCCCAUCUUGUUGGCCUAAAAUAGCUCAGUAACUUGAGGGUUGUACUAGAGAGACUCAAGGGUUAGCAGGAUCGGGAAGAAAGGUAGGGAACUCCUGGAAUCUCUGGUCACCCUGAUCUUCAGCCUCAUUCUAAUGCCUGUUCUUUGGACACAGUCUUCUGUCCUUUGGUGCUCUCUUGCCUCUAGCUACUUCUCGUCAGUGUAUGCUGCCAUCGCUUUUAACAAUAAAGUGAUGGGAAUGGGUUUGAGAGUCGUAAUUUAUAUUAAAAGAAUUGUUGGACUUUUAAAUACAUUUUUCAAAUAAAAAAAUGUAAGCCAAA